AAUGGAAUAAGAUUAGAAAGUGGAAGAUUUUGUGAUUAGGAAAUCAGAGUUUUUGGGAAAAGGACAAUAUGGUGUUGUUUAUGGAUGCUAUUCAGAGAAAUUAAAAGAUCAAAAAUUAUGUGCUAAGGUAUUCAUUUAUUUAGAUUGUAUAUAGGUUUUACAAGCAUAAAUUGAGAAAGGUUUGAUUGAUAGAGAAAUCGAAAUCUUAGAAUAACUUAAUAAAGUUGACAAUCCUAAUCUAGUGAAAAUUUAUAGAGUGAUAAAAGAAGAACGAUAAAUAUAUAUUAUUAUGGAAAGAUGUACAGGUGGAGAUUUAAAAUAAUUGAUGGAUCAAUACUAAUUAAACAAAAAAUAAUUCACUUUAGAACAAAUUCAAGAGAUAGCUAGACAAAUAAUAUUGGGAUAUAAAUCUUUGUUUGACAUCAAAGUUAUACAUAGAGAUAUUAAACCAGCCAAUAUUCUAAUUGAAAAUGGAGGUAAAGGUUAGAUUAUUGUCAAAGUAUAUCAUUUAUAUUUAUUUAGUUAACUGACUUUGGAAUGGGAAGAAUGUUAGAUGAUAUAACUAAAAAAUAAGUAUUAACAAAAGUAGGUACUCCAGCAUAUGCAGCACCUUAAUUAUAUUUGGAAGAUAAAUAUUCUUCAAAAUGUGAUGUUUAUUCUGUAAUUAAAAAAUAUCUAUCAUUAGUUGGGAGUAAUCCUCUAUCAAUUAGCCUUUAAUAAUAAAUUACCAUUUUCUGCUAAAACAAUACCAGAAUUAACUUAAUUCCUUAAAGCUCUUUAAGCUAAACCUUUCCAAUGUCCAGAAUUAACACAAGAAGGACCUUAAGAAAUGAAAAAAGCAAUCCAAAAUUUAAUCAAUGAAAUGAUGUCAUAUAGUGAAGAAGCAAGACCAGGAUGGGAUGGUUUAUUAAAGAGUAAAUUAUGUAAUUAUAUUAUUAAUAUAUGGUUAGUUGUAAAUCCUACUAAACCAACAAAUUUUGAAAACUAAGGAGAAAUGAAAUUGUUAGACUCUAUAUUUUUAUAUUAAUAAUAGUAAGGUUAACAGUAAUACUUUAAUGAAGCUAAAUUUAGAGCUGCUUGUAAAUUUGCUAAUUAAAAUAAAAUUACUAAAACAGAUCGUAUAAAUCAUUUAGUUUCUCUAUUUUUGGCAAAAGCAGAAUUAUCAUUUAAUCUUUCUUAAUCACUUUAAGAAUAAUUGUAUUCAUUAUUUAUUAUUAUAUAGAUUAACACAAUUUCCAUUUUUCAAUGUUUAUCAUUUUGAGUUGCUCUAAACAUGUAUCAUAGGUUAUCGUUAUAAAAUAUUGAUGAAUGCUUUUGGUUUCUGUUUUAAUAGUUUGGAUGUGAUUUGUGAAGAAAUGAGGAAAAUGUAUGAUAAUUAAGCCUUAAAAUAAACCUUAUUAGAAUAUUAAAAUGAUCAUUCUGAAUGGACUGAACAAACCAAAGAAAAUAUUAGUCAAUUUUUAAAUUAAUCAAAUAAGGCUUUUAUCCAUGCUGAGAAUUAAAUCAUUAAACUUAUGAAAACUAAUACUUAUCCACACAAUAUCUAAAACUUUUAAAAGUUAAUGUCUAUUAUUGAUAAUACAGAAUUUAAAAUUUAUGGAAGAUGGUUUUAAUUCUUUUGGAAAUAAGACUUAAGAAAACUUUUAGUUUAUGAUAAAAGUAAAUAAUAUGAUAUUGGAUAUCUCAAGUAAUCAAUAUUAAAUUAAAAAUAGAAUGUUGGUUUUGAUUGAGAAGUUUUUGAAUAUUGAUACAGAAUUUCCUUUUGAGAAGUAUAGUGAAUAAGAUCCAUAGCAAAUUGUGCUUAAUGAAAAUUUAUCAAAAUAACAAUUAGAAGCCCUUGUUCAAUCAAGAAAAAAUGUUUGAGU